CCUCCCGGUGUCCGGUCCCCUCCCGGUGCUCGGUCCCCUCCCGGUGUCCGGUCCCUCCCGGUGCUCGGGGCUGUGGCAGCCGCUGUCACUCGUGAGCUCAUCCCUCGGACUCCGCGCUGCCCACGCACUGGCGUGGCUUUCUCAGGGUCCCCCUGUCCUGCUUCUCCAGGGUUUUGGAAGCAGCUGCUGUCACGAUGCCGGAGCACACGGAGUGAGGCUGAGUCAGAGCCAGAAGGGCCGAACACGAAUUCGUGCAUCUCUCAGCUUGCUCUUAAUGCGAGUCUUCUCAUUAAGCCUUGGACUUUUCCAGAAGCUGAUGAGUCCUGUGGGAGCCCCAGGCCAUGCUGCAUUUAUCAUAGAAUCAUAGAAUAUCCUCAGAUGGAAGGGACCCACAAGGAUCCUCAAAGUCCAGCUCUUUUGGCUGUGCAUCUGGAAGGGAACGAGCUGCCUUAUCUGUCCUGUUCACCUGACCAUUGAUCAGGGACACCCGGUCACAGGAGGAGGGAGAUCUGCACUGGGAGAGGCUGUGCAGGAGAAGAAUUUCCAGCUGCUUUUGCCACCGUGGUCUCUAAAGCUUCUGUGUUACAGUGUUCCUGGCUCUACCUCUUCUCCCCAAGAUGCUGGGAAGGGUCCUGUUCAUGGUGUUGUUUGUGGGAGCCUUCCCAUCCCCAGCUGAAGCAUCCCAGGGCCACAUCUCCGUGGUCUUGCUGGGAGCCACGGGUGAUUUGGCCAAGAAGUAUUUGUGGCAGGGUCUAUUCCAGCUCUACAUGGACCAAGUGAGCAGUGGCCACAGCUUCACAUUCCAUGGGGCUGCCCUGGCAGCGCUGGAGCCAGGGCAGAGGCUGAUGUUUGACGUGCUGAAGAAGCUGUCCUGUCCCCCAGACGAGGCUCCCAACAGGUGUGCUGUGCUCAAGGACCAGUUCCUGAAGCUGAGCCAGUACCACCAGCUAAAGACUGCCGAAAACUACACAGCUCUGAGCAGAGAGAUUGAGACCCUGCUUCGCCAGGAGGGGCUGAAGGAGGCUGGGAGGAUCUUCUACUUCUCAGUGCCCCCGUUUGCCUACACAGAGAUUGCCCGGCACAUCAACAGCAGCUGCCGGCCCCCGGCCGGGGCCUGGCUGCGCGUGGUGCUGGAGAAGCCCUUUGGCCACGACCUGCAGUCGGCCCAGCAGCUGGCAGCAGAGCUGGCAGGCUUCUUCAGGGAGGAGGAGAUGUACCGGGUGGACCAUUACCUGGGCAAGCAGGCUGUAGCCCAUAUCCUGCCUUUUCGGGAUCAGAACCGACAGUUUCUGGACCCAGUUUGGAACCAACAUCAUGUGGAAAGAGUGGAGAUUGUCUUGAAGGAGACUGUGGAUGCUAAAGGCCGCACCAGCUUCUACGAGCAGUACGGGGUCAUCCGGGACGUGCUGCAGAACCACCUCACCGAGGCCCUCAUGUUCCUGAUCAUGGAGCUCCCCGCCAACGUGAGCAGUGCCCACGAGGUGGUGCAGCACAAGCUGCAGGCGUUCCAGUCGCUGUGGGGCCUGGAGAGGAGCAGUGCCGUGCUGGGGCAGUACCAGGCCUACGACAGCCAGGUGCAGGAGGAGCUGCAGGAGGCACGGGGCUACGUCAGCACCACACCAACCUUUGCAGGAGUGCUGAUCUGCAGCAACAGCCUGCGCUGGGAAGGGGUCCCCUUCCUCCUCACCUCCGGGAAGGCUCUGGAUGAACGGGUGGGUUACGCCCGUGUGCUCUUCAAGAACAGGGCCUACUGCACUCAGAGUGGCGCUCUGAGGGAUGCAGGGCACAGCCAAUGUAAACCCAAACAGAUCAUCUUCCACUUCGGGCACGGUGCACUCAACACCCCUGCGGUGCUGGUGAGCAGGAACCUCUUCCAGCCUGUCAUGCCCAAAGACAGUUGGAAAGAAGCAGAGGCUCGGUCAGACCUGCACGUCUUCGGACAGCCACUGUCUGAUUUCUACAUGUACAGCCCUGUGAAAGAGAGAGAUGCAUAUUCUGUCCUCAUCUCCCACAUCUACCACGGCAGGAAGGAUUUCUUCAUCACCACGGAGAACCUGCUCGCCUCCUGGGCCUUCUGGACACCUCUGCUGGACAGCACCUCCCGCCAGCCCCCACGCCUCUACCCCGGGGGCGUGGAGAACCAGCACCUCCUGGACUUUGAGAUGGUGAGCGGGGGAGUGGCGUUCACCCUGGCAGAGCCAGCGGAGCUGCUGAACCCCAGUGGGCAGAUGCCAAGUGAUUUCAGGGCAAUCCAGUCCAAAUUUCGGCAAAGUCCCCUGGUCUCAGCGUGGGCUGAGGACCUGAUUUCCCAGCUGGCAUCCGACAUGGAGGAGGCAGCAGUGAGGAGCGUGGCUCGCUCUGGGCAGUUCCACCUGGCGCUGUCGGGCGGCUCCAGCCCCGUGGUGCUGUUCCAGCGGCUGGCAAGGCACCACUACGGCUUCCCCUGGAAGCACACUCACGUCUGGCUGGUGGACGAGCGCUGCGUGCCCCUGACCGACAGCGAGUCCAACUUCCUGGGCCUGCACAGGCACCUCCUGCAGCACGUCAGGGUGCCCUACUUCAACAUCCACCCCAUGCCCGUGCACCUCAACCGGCGCCUCUGCGUGGAGGAGGACAGGGGAGCAGAGCUCUAUGCCAAGGACAUCGUGGCCCUGGUGGCCAACGCCAGCUUUGACCUGGUGCUGCUGGGGAUGGGCACGGACGGGCACACGGCCUCGCUCUUCCCCCGCGCCGAGAACGGCCUGGAAGGGGCUCCCACCGUGGUGCUGACCGAGAGCCCUGUCAAACCUCACCAGAGGAUGAGCCUCAGCCUGCCCCUCAUCAACAGGGCCAGGCAGGUGUUUGUCCUGGUUUUGGGGAAGGGCAAGCAUGACAUCACCACCCUGCUCAGCAGAGUGGGCCACGAGCCCAGGAAGUGGCCGAUCUCAGGCGUCAGCCCCAGCUCUGGCCAGCUGGUCUGGUACGUGGAUUAUGAAGCUCUGCUUGGGUGAUGCCUUCACAAUGUCCCUCCUCCCUUGUCUGCGUGGCCUUGACACCCUGGAUUCUCCUACACCGUGUCCACGUUCCUCUGCUGUCAGCAGCGGCUUCACCCCUGACACCUCCAACCUUCUGGGAGAUCCGUGGCCUGCAGCACCUCUGACAUUGAGCCUGGAGGAAGCUGGGCUCAGUGUCCAGGAGGAGCCAAGAGGAGCCAAGAGCCCAGAGCAGCAUUUCUGGCUCUGCUCUGGGUUCUGACCGAGAUUUUGGACAAAUGACCUCACCUUGAAGUGCCUCAGUUUUGCUGUCAGGCCUUUGUGCUUACUGGCAUGUAACUACCUCACAGGCACUACAGGAGACUUGUUAAAUCAACUGCCUGCCAAAUUCUUCUAUGUAAAUUUUAUAUAAUUCUCAGGCUAAAAGACAACAAUAACACAUUCAUCCCCUGCCCUGCUCAGUCUGGCUGGGCCAGAGUCGUUGUCUCAGUGAAAUGAUGGUUGUGUGCACAUGGAUCCGUAACCUUGUCCGUGCAGCCCGUCCCGUUGGGAGCCAGGCUCUGGCUGUGGCUGUGCUUUCCUGGGAGCACAGACACCCGCUGCCCUUUGUGGCAGGUGGCCCCUAACUGCUGACAGGGAUUUGUGAGCUCGCUGCAGUCCUGAGCCUUUGCAAACUGCCCAGCAGCAGAGGCUGAGCCUGUGAGCAGUAAUUAGCUGCGUUCAUUAAGUGGAUGGCUGAUACCACGGGGGAUGGGGAAGGAAGACAAACCACUUUUUAGGCUGUUAAAAUAAUGGGGACAGGGUGAGGAAUAUGGCAGCUCACAGAGCUGUUGUUUGCCAGCAGUGCAAUAAUUAUUGAGGGAAAAGCUUGGUGCUCAGAGGAGUUGUUGGGUUUAGCUAGCAAAGAAAUGUUUUCUUUAACUGUCUCAGUCUCUGAAAUGAACUUUUCUCUCCUCAGAACAGAAACUUUCAGCAUCAUUUGGUGGCUUGUGAAGUUUCUGUGGGAGGCAGCUUUGUAAAGUGCACACACAUCUGUCACUGCUGCACACGCUGAGGGAGCUGCAGGGUUGGCAGGAGGUGGUGGUGCUCUUUGAGCUCGUGGACACUGACUUAGGAGGGAGGGAAUUUUCUCUGUGCACAGCCCUUGGGCACACGGGACUGGCAGAUUCACCUCUGACAGGACAACAGAAAGUGCUCGUGGGAAUGUACAGAAAUUUAUAGGAAUGUACAGAAAUUUAUAGAGACGUGUGGUUCUUCUGCUCACAGGGAGCGUUGGAGACACCCAGUGUGCCCAGAGACCCCACUCUCCCUUUCCUAAUUCUCUGACUUUCACCUUCCCAGAACGCUGCCAUGCACAAGGGGUGUCCUCUGCUUCCAGGACAUCCCCAAAUGCUCUGAUGGGUUAUUUGCCUUUGAGGCAGUGCCUUACCUGGGCAGGUUUGCCAGCUGGCAUGGCUGGUGUCCCCCUUUUGGGGGUGUUUGCUCUGGGUGUGCCCUGGUCACAGGCAGGGUUAACCCCCAGCUCCAAGCCCAGAGAGAGCAGCAGGAAGGGGAGCACUGCAGGCUCCCGUGGCCAGGAGCUCUCUGGAAUAACUUUCUCUGUGGCUGUGUCCUGGCAGACACUGGCUCCAAAAUCCACCACAGUGGUUGGAGCAGCUGUGCAGAGCAAGGUGGUUUAGGUCUGGUACGUCCAUGAAUUCAAACACCAUUUCUUUUUAAACAGAAAUGUCCACGUUAACUUCAUUCCAGUUCUUUUCUGUUUGGUGUGAGGGAACAAGUUUUAAUUAAAAAUUGACCUAUGUGAGAGUAACUAUAUUGUUAUGAACACCGGAGUUUAUUCCUGUCUCACAGGUGAUUGUGGCAUUGGAGUUUUCCUAUUUUUGCACACUUUCUUGGCAAUAAUAAUUGAAAUAAACACUGAGAGGUUUAUUUGCACUUUUUGAGUAAGCACAUGGGUUUUUUCCCAGGGAGCUACUGUCUUUUCCAGCUGAAAAUAGGGUUUAUUUGUGAAGUCUCUAUCUAGUGGGUCACCCCAAAAUUCAUCCUAGAUUUUAUUAAAAUCCAUUAAAAGUUUCCCCAUGUUUUCCUUCGUGAAUGGAGCUGUCUGGGUUGUUUGGGGGAUUUUUUAGAACUGUGGGGGUUUUUUCACACAGACAAUUCCUGUUAAACUCUUUAAUACUUAGCAUUUGCUAAAUGAAAACCAAAUAUUUUGGAAUAUACAAAAUUUAUGACUGGAACGAGAGACUGGGUGGGAAAAAGGGUUAAAUGAGCAACAAAUCUGAUGAGGAGGAAUGGUAGCAAUCCACUGGGCUGUAGGCCAAGGAACCAGGGCUAUUUUUAUUUUGGGAAAGUUAUUAAUAGAAGGUGUGCACCUUCUUGAGAGCUUGUAUUAACCUUUCUUUGCAAAGGCAGCUCCAUGGAGUGACUUCUUACACUCUGUUUCUCCUGUAAGUGAUUAUUGAUACCAAUUUUUAUCAAUUUUUUUAAUGUCAAGUGCAUUCCUACAAUUCAGUGGUAUGAUUAUUUAUAUGUCUUACGGAAAACUAGCGCUGGAAAUAAUUCAUUUUUCACAUCAACUUUUAUAAAUCAAAUUGUAAAAUCCUUUUUCCCAUGAGUAAAGUUUUGUGAUUCUUUU